GCGGUUAUACAAUCGCUGCCCUGACUUGAGCCUGCCAGAAUUAAACCGUAGCAUGUUCUGCCUUUAAGGACUUUCUCCCCGACGAGCUGCCAGGAUGAUGAAAACAACAUUCUCGAGAAGGAAAACAGACUUCAAUCUCUCGCCGCGGUGAAGAAAUGGCUUCUCACAAGUCAAAGACUGGCACCAAGAUAAACGUAACAAAGGCGGAAUCCGGUGCAGCGGAUGUGUACGUCACACCUGGGGGCUACGAGCUGGAGAAGAUCCUCAACCGCGGGAGUGUGGCGUACACCCAUGUCAACGAGGUCUGGCCCAACGUGUACAUCGGAGACGAGCAGACGGCAAAGGACAAGUCCAACCUGAGAGGGCUGGGGAUCACGCACGUGUUGAACGCAGCGGAGGGGACGUGGAACAACGUGGACACCGGCGCUGGUUACUACACGGACAUGGACGUCGUGUACUAUGGCGUGGUGGCCGAGGACGUCCAGACCUUCGACCUCAGCCAGUACUUCUUCUCUGCGGCUCGGUUCAUAGAGGAGACGUUGAAGAAUCCUCAGAAUAAGCUGCUGGUGCACUGCGUGAUGGGAAGGAGUCGCUCCGCCACCCUCUUCCUGGCGUACCUCAUGAUCUGCGAGGGCAUGACGGUGGUGGACGCCGUGGAGCACGUGAAGAGACGCAGGAGGAUCAUCCCCAACUGGGGCUUCCUGAAGCAGCUGAGGGAGCUGGACACGCACCUCCUGGAGCAGAGAGACGCCCUGGAGCAGAGAUGAUCUCAAAACUUGGGUCAAAAGCAAAUGAAGAGAAGUUCAAGAGACAUCUUCUAUUAUUCAGAACAAGUACAAGUUAGGUGAUGGAUUAUUUGACACAAGUUUCAGUAAACUCAGUCUCCCAGUGAGGGAUAUAUACUCAAGUCUCGGUCUCAAAUAGUUAGACAAAUGUAAAUCACUUAACAAGUACUUAAAGACGAGCUCUAGUCCAGUCUUGAGUUUAUAAACUAAUAAAGAGUUAAGUCCUUCCCGAGAUUAAGUUCAAGUCGUUUCAAGUAAAUAUCAGCAGACGUCAAAUCAGACGAUUCAGCAGCAUAUGAACAUUCUCUCUUUAAGUGUUUUUUUUCAGAUAAACUGUCAACUGUUGCCGUCAAAUUUGUUUUCUUUUGUAUUGUUUUUACUUCACUGGGACUUUAACAAAACUACAUGAAUGUUUUUGCUUUGACGUUUCAAGUCAAGUUUGCAAAGGGUGAAAUUUGAAAAGUUAAUCAGCUCUGAGAGCAGCUAAGUCCAGUUUCCCUGUUUGGCCUGUAAUCUCAAAUUACUUUUUGUAAUUACGUUAAUUACCCACAAAUUCAACAUUUAGCACUGCGUUCUCGUUGGCUGCUUCAAAUUAAAAGGAGAGCAAUCAGGUACAUGGUC